UAUGUGAGACACUAUAGAAACAUAUGAAAGUAUAGCUUCACUGCAAACCAAUUCCAGGAAUCGGCGACCAGUUUUGACAAACGCUUUGUAGACUCGAAUCGAUUGCAUUCACACAACACUAUAGUCUAUAGCAUAGCGUCAUUGAAAACACUAUACUAUACAUACAAACACUAAAUUGUAACGAUUGUAAUGACUGACUGUAAUAUAGCAGUGAAUACAACACACCAUUCAAUGCAAUCAAAGUGAUUACAAUUUUAUUACUGGAGAAAAUUGGGAUAAUUUUUGAACAGACAUACCAUUGAUAUAUAGUAACCAAUAGAUAGUAAAGAUGUCGAUUUGGGCGCAAUUGCAGGAAUUGCCUGAAGAAGCGCAACAACAGGUGCAUAUGGCUUAUGGCGAUCAGUUCCCGAUUGAGGUCAGGUGUGCUUUAGCCCAAUGGAUUGAAGAGAAGCCAUGGAAGGACUUGGAUCCCGACAAUCCUCAACAUGAGGCCUAUGCGUCCAGUUUGGUGACCGCUUUCAUACAAGAAAUUGAAGCCAAAGCCAAUUUGACUGAAAAUUUUGUGACCAAAUUCAAGCUAAACACUGCGGCACAGAAUUUCCGUCAAAGCUAUUUACACACACCUUUCAUUUUGGUCCGCAUUGUUAAACAUUGUCUUAGCAUUGAAUCCCGAGUCAUACAACAGGCACAGAACUACUUGAAUAUAUCAAAUCAUGAAACCAAACCAUUGAUUAGAGAUCCGCAACAAGAGAUCACUCAACAGUUGGAAAAACUAAGAAAAAAUACGAUAGAGACUGACGAAGAGUUGCGCCGAAUGCAACAGGAACAGGAACAGUUCAUCAUACAGUUCCAGGAAAACCAGAAACGACAACUCACUAUUCAACAACUCAAUUGUCAACCCAACCAAAACAUUGAACUCAUCAGCAAAUGGCAAAAAGAAAAGGAUUCGCUCGACGCCGCACUCAAGUAUAAGGCGGCACAGAUUUAUCAGACACGAACUCAACUCAUCCAAAGAUACUCUGACACAUUGACUGCGUUGCAAAGUCUUCAACAGCGUGUUCUCGACGAUGAAUUGAUUCAUUGGAAACGCGCACAACAGCUGUGCGGUAAUGCCGUACCUUUUGAGAACAAUUUGGACCAAAUUCAAGAAUGGUGUGAAACAUUAGCCGAAAGUAUUUGGGCUAACAGACAGCAAAUGAAAAGGUUGGCUGAUAUGUGCCAACAAUUGCCUUUAGGAGGACAGCCUUCUGGACAUUCCGAUCAACUGCAGAACUUAACUAAACAAAUAACAACUUUAUUGUCUAAUUUGGUCACUUCAACGUUUAUUAUUGAGAAACAACCGCCACAAGUGAUGAAGACAAACACUCGAUUUACAUCAACUGUCCGAUUGUUGGUCGGCGGCAAACUUAAUGUCAAUAUGACUCCACCACAGGUUAAGGUGACGAUUAUCAGUGAAUCUCAGGCUAAUGCUAUGAUUAAGAACGAUAAAGUAUCGAUGGGUGACGUUAGCGGUGAGAUCUUAAAUAAUUCGGGAACAAUGGAGUAUCAUUCGGCCACUCGACAACUUUCUGUCAAUUUUCGUAAUAUGCAAUUACGUAAAAUAAAGAGAGCCGAGAAAAAGGGUACCGAAUCGGUAAUGGACGAGAAAUUCUCAUUACUAUUCCAAUCGCAGUUCAAAGUUGGUGGCGGAGAACUCGUGUUUCAAGUUUGGACAUUAUCAUUACCUGUUGUUGUCAUUGUUCACGGAAACCAAGAACCACAUGCCUGGGCCACUGUUACCUGGGAUAACGCAUUUGCUGCACCCGGACGACAACCAUUUGUUGUUCCCGAAAAAGUGCCGUUUAGUCAGGUGGGAGAAGUGUUGAGUCAAAAAUUUAAAGGAGCUGUCGGUCGUGGACUGAGUGAUGAUAAUUUAAGAUUUUUAGCGGGAAAAGCGUUUAGAAAUCCCAAUUUGCAAGAUUGGCAAAACCAAUUGCUGAGUUGGUCUUUAUUUUCUAAGGAACCGCUUCCCGAUCGAAGCUUUACAUUCUGGGAGUGGUUUUAUGCCAUUUUGAAAGUAACGCGCGAACACUUGAGAGGACUUUGGAACGAUGGCUCUAUUAUGGGAUUUGUUUGGCGCCGUCAGGCAGAGGAAAUGCUGUCGAAGAAGCCGAGCGGCACUUUUCUCUUAAGAUUUAGUGAUUCCGAAUUGGGUGGAGUGACUGUUGCCUGGAUUGCUGAGGGACAGGAAGGCAAUGAAACAUAUAUGUUACAACCAUUUACGUCCAGAGACUUUCAAAUUAGAGGACUUGCCGAUCGUAUUAAUGAUCUAAAGCACUUGACUUACUUGUAUCCAGACAUACCCAAAGAUCAGGCAUUUUCUAAAUAUUACACCCCAUUUAACGACAGUCAGCCCUCAUCUUCAAAUGGUUAUGUCAAACCAGUGUUGGUUACCUUCAUUCCUGGCUGGUCGGGUAACGGUCCAUACGAUUCUUACCCAAAUACGCCCCAAUCGGCACUUCAUAAUCCCCACUCACCGAGCGAUGUCUCAUAUCAUGACAACCCUUCAGUACAGAGCUCAUCCAAUGACUGUGCAUUGAAUGCUGUCGGAGGAAUGGGAGGAACUGUAGACGAUUAUUCAGAUUUAAUGUCAGGCAUGGAUUUGGUAACAGAUAUGGAUGUUCCGGUCGACUUCUCCUCCAUUAAUGUCUCCGAUCUUAUGGCUUACAGCAAGUCUUCAUAAGUUCAUUAUUAUUAACAGAUAAUAUAAAAUAAUUUUAUUUGAAUUAUUUUGAAACUUUAGUGAUUAUUGAAAUAUUAGGCUCUUAUUUAUAAAUAUUUUAUAGCCUACUAUGUUAUAGCCUUAUGUUAUCAUUAUUCAAAAGCAACUAAACUAAGAUUUGAGAGAUUUUUGAGAGUGUGUGCAAUACCUCUGCAAUUAUGAUUGUGCCAUAAAAUGUUAUCAAUUUAUUUAAUUAAGACUUCAUUUUUUAGUUAGUUUUAAAUAGUUUUUAAGUUUCUGUUUUGCAUCCAUAGAAUAUAGUGCCUCAUAAUAA